AUGGAUUCAAUAUAUGUGAGUCGGCUGAGAAGCCGGCGUAUCAGAAUCCUGGUUCUGCAGCCUGGUCCCGACACUGGCCCCAUGCGUCUCGGGCUUCAGGAAGUCAGCAUCGACGACCCUCCAGCUUUCGAAGCGCUGUCGUAUGUCUGGGGAGAUCCAUCACAAGUCCAAGAGAUCGAAUGCUUGGGAUACACGGUCCCGAUUACUCAGAAUCUUUUCGAUGCUCUUCGGCACUUCCGGCGUCCGGACCGAGCGCUGUUGAUAUGGGCAGAUGCCCUAUGCAUUAACCAGGACGAUAUGGAUGAGAGGGCCGAGCAGGUACAGCUCAUGAGGGAAAUCUAUUCGCGAGCUAAGAGGGUUGUCGUUUGGUUAGGCCUCGAUGACAAGGGUCAAGCUUCCCGUGCGAUGUCUCUGAUCGAGACGAUUCAUCAAGCCUGCAACGACCACGCACUCGCUAAGAAUAUUGAGUUAUUGAGUAUGGCUCACUUCACGCCGGCGACACAAGCACUGGAAGGGCUCGCAGGAGUCUCGAUUGAGAACAUUACCGCGGUCGCUGAGCGUUCGGGCAAGGCAGAACCGACAUCAGAAGACUGGGAAGCGCUGGGAUGGCUGCUGUCUCGACCUUGGUUCACGCGAGUCUGGUGCGUGCAAGAAAUUGUCCUGGCCCGUUUGUCAAGAAUCUAUGUUGGUUCUGGAUGUUUGGACUGGGUCAAGUUGGGAGUAACGACUGCCUGGCUCAGUGAGCAGCAUCUCGCGAACGAUUACGAUGUACCACCCGAGAUUGAGGGUCUGCCAUUUGAUAAUGCGCAUGCAAUGUUCGACACAAGCGAGAUUUCAGAUUCAACCUUCUUGGAGGUUCUGAUUGCCUUUCGAGAUCACCAUGCCACGAACUUGAGGGAUAAAGUUUACGGGCUGCUGGGACUCAUGAGCCCAGAGAACCUUGAACUUUUCCCUAGCGUAGACUACCGGAAAAGCUUGGCUGAGGUUUACGUUGAUGUUGUGGUUACCGCGGUCAGGGGCAGUCAAACAUUGUCUGCUUUGUGUUAUGUCCAACACGGAGUCGAGUAUCAGCAGACCGAAAUGUCUUCUUGGGUACCAAGGUGGGACGUAAGUGGUGAUGUUCUCAGCAUUCUUGACAGUCUAUCCGUAACAGCCUGGAAAGACGGAGACAAGCAUGGUCUGCCAGGUCUGAAGGAAUUUACUCCUUCAUCGGAUGGGAAGGUCUCCGUGUCUGGCGUCAGAUUCGAUACCAUUGCUUGGAUUACCCGCGCUCUCGAUGUUCGAGACUUUAGAGAACAUGUCACAACGUCUGCAGCAUCACUUCACCCAAUACUCGAUUUAUGGACCCGUGCUUCCUCGAGAAACUCUUAUCCGGGAUACCCUCAGUAUGAAAACUCGCUCAUGGCGGUGUCGAUGAUGGCACUUACGCUGACUGCCGGGCUUACCGAUGGCUACGAGCGCGUCGAGCUCAAAUCAUCUGACGACUGCGAGCGAUUUCACGCAGACUACCUCAACUACGUCCACAAACUGUUUAAAAUUGCUGGCCAAAAGUCUUCUACGUUCGAGCCUCUGGAUAUCGCGCACUGGGACGGCAACGCCUCACGGUUCAGAAUUGCAGCGUCCCGCGCUUGUGACCAGCGGCGGGUGUUCGAGACAAAAAGUGGUUAUUAUGGGCUGGCACCAGCUUGCACAAGAGAAGGAGAUGUGGUCGUGAUGUUGUAUGGUGGUCCGAUUCCGUUCGCCCUAAGAAAAGUUGACAACGGAUGGUUGCUUUUGGGCGAUUGUUUUAUCGACCCGCUCAUGCCAGAGGCACCCGACGAAAAGAUCCGAGCAAGGUUUGGCGAGGAAGAAGUCUUUGUGCUUCUCUGA